AAGUGUCUCUCUCAAUAAUUUUGAUCCAAAACAAACCCUACACUUAUUUUUUAAUUUUAAUUUAAUUAAUUAUGCAUUUCAUCCAUUCAAAUUCAAUGCCCAAUCAUUUCCCUCAGUAACUACCGUCUGAUUCUUGAUCACGCCUUACUUUUUCUCCACCGUCUGAUUUAAUGACUGUUCCCACCUUAACAUGUCGCCGCCGGCGUUGCUAGACACCGGAGGAGGAUCUCCGAUUCAAACCCCUAGUAAUAAUAUUUAUCUCAACGGUCAGAUUCCUCAACUUCUCUCAUUUAUUUAUAUCAAUAGUUUCAUUUCUAAAUCUCAAUGAACCCUUCAAAUUUUGGUGAUUCAAAUUCAAAUUUGAAUGCUCAAAACUUGAAUUUUAAUUCCCGUUCAAUCCCUAAGCCUCUGUCUAAACCUAGAUUUGUUAAAGUUAGAAAACAAUCGAAUUCGAAUUCUCAGAAUUUGCAAUCCACAUUUGAUAAGUGGGCUAGCUCCGGGUUUAACCCGUUUCAACCCGUUUUAGGGUCUGAUGAGCUACAUGAUGGUGUUGGUGGUAAUAGUGGAGGUGAGGCAUUUGUUUUUGGAGGAAGUAAUGUUGGUAAUCCAGUGGAAAACGAGGUUAUUGAACAGAUGAAAAACGUGAGCAUUGGAAGCAGAGGCGGUCGGGUUUUCACGAAUCGUAAUUUGAAUGCGAGUGAUAAGCGUGAUUUUGUGUUUGGUAGUCAUCAUGGUAAUGGAAAGAUUUCUAGUAUUGAUGAUAACAUGAAGAAUUUGAAUAUUGAUGAAAAUAAAUUGAAUUUGGAAUCUAAGCUACUGGAUGAGCUGAAUAGGAAAUUGAAUAUCAAAGAGACGGUUAGUGGUGUAAAGGUUAGAGAUGAAUUUAGUGAGAGAUUGGAAAAUGCAAUCUCGAGUGAGAUGGAACGGAAGUUGAACAUUGGAAAUGCAAUGGAUGAAUCUUCUGGUCAAACAAACGUUGGGUUUUCAUCUUCUAGAGUAUUUAAAAAGGAUGCCGAAACUGGAUAUAGGAGUGAUGAUACAGCAAAGUUCAAUGAUUUUGCUAAUGCAAUUCCCACGGAGUUUACGAGUCAAGUUAAUUUAAAUCAAUCAAAAGGUGAUGCACAACCGAGUGCAGUUGCAGGAGCAUCAUCUGCUGGAUGUGUUUUUGGAUUCCCGUCGACAGGUAGAGUGGAGAAUAGAGAUGAAUUUGUUUUUACAGGCAAACAAGAUGGUGUUGGAUCGCCCUCUGUUGAGUUCAAGACACCAAAUCCAAAGGGAAAUUUGUUCUCUGGAGUAAAUCAGAAAGUGGAAAUCACUGCGAAGUUUAAAGACACGAAAUUGAAGAAAAAAAUGGGGAAGUUAAAACAACCUACCACAGUCCAUCUAUGGCCUGGACCAGAUUUUGUUUCAAGGGAAAGCGUAUCUCGAGAAAAUCCAGAGCCUUCUGAAUCUUAUUCGCCAAUGGAUAUUUCCCCAUAUCAGGAGAUUUUAUCUGAUACUCAAUUUUCUAGAGAAACUUCAGUGGCUUCAGAGGAGUCUUUUGGUCUUGAUAACCAAAAUCCAGCAACUGAUUCCAAUAAUGCCAUAGAUGAAGAGUUAAUUGCUGCCACACAACAAAUGGAUAUAAAUGAGGAGGAAUCAAGUUCUAGAGAUGGAAAAGCAGACGAUUUUGAUAAAUGCAUAGGUGCUGAAAAUCCUCCAGAAGAUUCCAUAUCCGGGGCUGACACAGAAAGCUUUAAAUCUGCGAAUGAGGAAAUAGACUUUAUCAAUGAUAAUGUGGUUACUUCAGCAGAAACUGAUGCCUGUUCGAGUACUCACUCAGAGAGGCAAGAUAUUGAUUUCAUCUCUCAGUCUAGUUCUCAUGGAAAUUUAGAAGAUACGGGUGGUUCAGGUUUCACCUUUGCUGCUGCUUCUUCUCAAGCAUCAUCAAAUCACCAGCACCAAAAGAAGAGUUGGACUAAAAUUGGUCAUGAUCCCCAUCAUUUUCCCCUAAAUGCAAAAGUUCCAUCUGCAUCUUCUUUUUCUCAGUUUACAUCAUCUGUUGGAGCUUCUUUGCCUCUGUUGACACCAUUGGGUAAGAAAUUGGGCCCAUCCGAUCCAAUUCGCUUGGCUGGAGAAAAUGCUGAGGAGCUUAGAGGACAUAAGCAAGAGUCUGCUACAAAUUCUGCGACAUCUGUUGCAGCUCAAGAAGCAUGUGAGAAGUGGCGAUUAAGGGGAAACCAAGCAUAUACACAGGGGGAUUUGUCUAAAGCCGAGGAUUGUUACACAAAAGGGAUAAAUUGUGUUUCUAAAAGUGAGACAUCUAAAAGCUCUCUCAGGGCGCUGAUGUUAUGCUAUAGCAACCGUUCCGCUACACGUAUGUCUCUUGGAAAAAUCAGAGAUGCACUACAAGAUUGUAAGAUGGCUGCUGAGAUUGAUCCCAACUUUCUCAAGGUGCAAAUUAGGGCUGCCAAUUGUUACCUGGCUCUGGGGGAAGUCGAAGAUGCAUCAGAGUAUUUCAAGAAGUGUUUGCAAUCAGGAGGCGAUAUAUGUAUGGACAGAAAAGUUGCCGGAGAAGCCUCAGAUGGACUUCAGAAGGCACAGAAAGUAUCUGAAUGCUUGCAACAUUCUGCAGAACUUUUGCAAAGGAAAACGCCUACUAAUGCAGGAAGUGCUUUGGAAUUAAUUGCAGACGGGUUGAUUAUAAGCCCAUAUGCAGAAAAAUUACUUGAAAUGAAAGCAACAUCCCUUUUCCUGCUGCGGAAAUAUGAGGAGGUAAUUCAGCUGUGUGAUCAUACUUUUGAUUCUGCUGAAAAAAAUUCUCCUCUACUAGACGCCAUUUAUGACUCAGCAGAUUUGGAUAGUACUGAACUUAUGAAAGACUCCUCCUUUUAUCUUUGGCGGUGCCACCUGAUUUUGAAAUCCUACUUCUAUCUUGGAAAGCUGGAGGAGGCUAUUGGCUCACUAGAAAAGCAAGAGAAACUGAUCGCAAAGAGGAAGGGUAACAAGAAGAUAGAAUCAUUAAUACCCUUAGCUGCCACUGUACGAGAACUUUUGCGCCAUAAGGCUGCAGGAAAUGGGGCAUUCCAAGCUGGAAAGCAUUCAGAAGCUAUCGAACACUAUACUGCUGCCUUGUCAUGCAAUGUCGAGUCACGGCCUUUUGCAGCUGUUUGUUAUUGCAAUCGAGCUGCUGCAUACAAAGCAUUGGGCCAAAUUACUGAUGCUAUUGCCGACUGCAGCCUGGCAAUAGCUCUUGAUGGAAAUUAUAUGAAGGCAAUUUCCAGAAGAGCUGGUUUGUAUGAGAUGAUUAGGGAUUAUGGGCAAGCUGCUGGUGAUCUUCAGCGACUUGUAGAUGUUCUUACUAAGCAAGUAGAGGAGAAGACCAAUCAUCAUGUAUCUUCUGAUAGAAUGGGGAACCUGGUAAAUGAUCUAAGACAAGCUCGCGAGCGUCUUUCAACAAUUGAAGAAAUGGCAAGAAAGGAGAUUACUCUGGAUAUGUACCUUAUUUUGGGAGUUGAACCUUCUGCUUCAGCAUCAGAAGUUAAGAAGGCAUAUCGGAAAGCUGCACUUAGGCAUCAUCCUGACAAGGCUGGUCAGUCCCUGGCAAAAAUUGAGAAUGGAGAUGAUUGGCUCUGGAAGGAGAUUGGAGAGGAAGUCCACAAGCAUGCUGACCGACUUUUCAAAAUAAUCGGGGAGGCAUAUGCAGUACUUUCGGACCCGACUAAGCGUCAACAGUAUGAUCUGGAAGAAGAGAUGAGGAAUGCUUCAAAGAAACACAACGCAAGCAGCUCAGUAAGAACAUAUGCUGAUGUGCAGAGCCAGAGCCAUCAGUUUGAAAGAAGUGGCACUAGAAGGCAAUGGAGAGAGGUUUGGAGUUCGCAUGGUAGAUAAUACGCUGAUUCAAGGCUCAGUUGAUUAAAUACAGAUAUCAAUAACAAUCUCCAGAUUUCAGAUAAAUAAUCAACAAUUUGUGAUGAGAAUUUUCGGUGAAAGUAAUGGACGAUCAGUGCAGCAAUACAUUUGGAGCUGCAUGUGUAUAGAGCUUGGCAGCUACUGUUAAAAGUCGUGGCAUUACCCGAAUGCAGAUAGAGGUACUGGUUCAGUUCAGCUCGGUUUUCUCAGUCAAAAUGUGGAGAAAAAGAAGUUGCUUCGACAGAUGAUUUGUAAGUUUGGAUAAAAUUUGUGAAUUUGAGAGUUUUUUGUUUUAGGAAAAAGUUUGUAUUUUUCACGAGAAUAGGAGAAACAAAAGUUGUUGCCGACUGUUUUGAGGUGUGUAAAUUUACCGGCAAUAUGUACAUAUAAAAAAGAAAAAGAAAUCAACAUUGCAAUUAAGAGUUAAUUAUUUAUUGUUUCAAAAUUAUAAUGUAUUUCAAUCA